AUAAGCACCAGGCAGAGUUAAAGAGCGAAUCUAUUGGGAAUCUCUAGCCUGCAGCAGCAUUCGCGGACCGCGUUGUCCCGCUAGGAAAAUUGGGGGGCAGGCAAAAAUACGAAGGAGCCGCCGCGUGAGCGUGUAUGUGUGUUUCUUUUAGUGGGAGAUAGAGGAGGUGCGCGGAGUGUGAGGCUAGCGACCGGAAAGAGGGGAGUUGCUCUUUCGACUCCUCCGGUCGGCUCGCGCAGUUUGUUCGUCGUGGCUGGGUGUCCCGAGGAACUGGCCCAUUUCGUCCCGGAGUCGCGUCUGCACCUAGGUAAUGGCGCCUGAGCGGCCUGGUUUAGAUGACGAGCGAUGCACCGUCGGCACCGUCCUGCUGCACACAAAAGCUGGCGCCCAGAAUGCAGACAUCGUCAAGGAAGGAGAUGGUGCAGCAAAGAUGUUCACGGAUGUGCGGGUUGGCUCCGCGACACAAGAGGACGACGACUUGACCCCCUUGUCGUGGCUGCAAGAUAAAAAUUUGCUUAGAGAUAUCCCACUUCCUGGUGGCACAAUAUGUGCGGAGGGCUCGACAGAGCCAGUGGAAGUACAAAUCGAGGUGCGUGAGGAGUCCGUGAGCAGUCGGGCCGACUCGCCGACCAGUGACUACGCGGAGGAGUCGAGCGAGCACGCUGACUCUUCUUCCAACAGUGACACUCCUUUGAGUCCGACCAUUCUGCAGCAAGCCAUGCCCAUCAGCCCCAUCGAGCAGUACGACCAAAAUGACGUCGUCCCGCAGCCCCUCACAAACACCAACCACGUAGGCUAUGACCCGAAGGUGCACACAAGUCUGAAGCCGCCCUACUCGUUCUCGUGCUUGAUUUUCAUGGCCAUCGAAGACAGCGUGACGCAGAAGCUGCCUGUCAAGGACAUCUACGCGUGGAUCACGGACCACUUUCCCUACUUCCAGACCGCUCCCAACGGUUGGAAGAACAGCGUCCGCCACAAUUUGUCCCUCAACAAGUGCUUCAAGAAAGUGGACAAAAGCCCCAACGUCGGCAAGGGUUCGCUAUGGAUGGUUGACCACUGCUACCGGCCCAACUUGCUGCAAGCCCUCAAGAAGGUGCCUUACCAUCCGUACAUGCAGCUGGAGCGCUUUCAAGCCCUCAAUAAUAACAACAAUAAUACGAUCCCUAACAGCCAAAGCUGUCGCCUUGGCAACGUGGAGAGUGAGCCGCCAGUGGUGUCUCUGGUGGGACGCAGCAACAUGCUAAACCCGGAUUUGUUCCCUUUCCUCACCCAGCGGCUGGCGGCCGCAGGUCUGCAGGUGCCGGGUGCUUACACCCGUCACCACAACCCUCCGCCGCCGCCCCCAGUGCACAUUGAGUCGCAGGAGGACGUGAACGCAGCCACCGCGAUGCUCGCUCUCAAGCAUGGCCCGCGCAUCCUCGGUGGAAUCAGUGUCUUGCCUGAUCGAGGGGACCAUGCCCAGAAGACCAUCCCCCGCACACACGAAACUCCUCAAAACCUGGUAAUCACAACCUCGCCAAGCGCUGACCACACGUACAGCGCUGGUCCCCGCUCCAGGUCCACCUUGUCCCCGGACGAGGCUUACGGCGAGGGUUCGUCAUCCAACGAAAGCUCGCACGGCAACGACUCGGAGGAGGACGAAGCUGAGGAGCAGCGUAAAAUCGCUGAGGGCGCUGACGCCUUGCUCAACCUGGCGGGCAUCUGCACCGCGGCGCAGCAGCCACUCAAGCGAACACCGCUCCAGUCGGUCACGGAGCCGUCGGCCAAGCGAGGGCGGCCUCCGCCCCCGGCCACCCCCAGCAGGCACCGGGCGUCGCAGCAGCAGAGGCGCAGAGAGCGCUUCCACAAUCGGUAGAAACGCAGCAGCAGCAGAUUGUUUAGUAAACAAAAUACUACUACAACCUCUAGUGCCCCCAGAGUGAUACAAAUAGAUUUAUAUUAUUAUAUAUUCAUGAGAUAUAUACAUUUGAAUUCGCUGGACUUUGAUGAGAGAGAGAGAGAGCAAUAUUCGAAUCUACGGGAAGUGCUCGCUGGCGCGGCCUCCGCGGCCAACGCAGUGGAUUUUCGAAUGAAAUUAGGCUUCCUAACGCAUAUAAUUAGUCCCGCUGUGGACAAAGUCUUCCUGACACACACACACACACAUACACAUGAAUACACACACCCUUGCCUGUGAAUGCUUCACUGUCCACCGAUUGCCUGAUUUUUCACUUCCAUUUUGAACAAAAAUGUCCAAGAGUCAGCUGCUUGUUCGUGCAAGUCCGCUUCAGCUUUUCCCACUUCAGAAGUGACAAAUUUUGCUGCAGCAAAAUUGUUUCACUUGAAACACACGAAAGAAAGAGGGUCUCUUGAGCCGAUUUCUCUAAAUGCCAGUAAGGUUUCAACGAGUGUUCUUUGAAAUUGUGAGACAUUUUGUAAAUCUGGAACUGAGAAAGCAAACAAACUCUUUGAAACUGUUUCUCCGGAGCUGCCUUUUCCGAAACUGUAAAAUCUCUGUUCUCUUUUUAGCAAGCUCACUCAGUUGAGUUUAAACAGCUGAAACCCCUUGAAACCAAAGGGCCGCGCGCACAGAAAGCAUGCAGCAGUUGAAUACUUACGAAAAUGAAUACAAGCCCCCACAAUAAUAGCCUUUUUUGAUGUGUCUGUUAAUUGAAGGCAAAAUUAUUUAUUCGUUUCUGCACUUCAUUUAAUUGUGCCAACAAAAACACAUACACACACUCGGUAGACUUAGGAUAACUUGUUUCAGAGAUCAAAUUAGGGCGUAUUUAUACACAAGAGAAGCAAUAUUUGGCCACAAUAAGCAAAUGGAAAUUCGAAUAGUGAGUUUGUAAUAUGGUGUCCACUUAGCGGUUAGAAACGAGGGAAAAUCAUUAAAUGAGUAGUUAUACACACGCAGCGAGACAUUGAAAUUCUACAAUAUCUCAUAAAUAAACGUUUGGUACUGAAUGAGUUUUCAUUCGAGUGGAAUUUUACUUAUUUAACAAAAUAUACAAUUUGGAUGAUUCGUGUUUUUGUUGCAUUUAUUGAAAGAAUGGUUAUAAAAAAAUUCUACUUGAAUGGAACUUGUUCACAGUGAAAGUAAACAAUCAAAACACCCCCCAAUAUUUUUCAAAGUGAACUCGCGUGCGUACUUUGGUGUCGGAUCGAGCAAUUAAAUUUUUAAUAGUCGCACUCUAAUCACCUUAUUGGCUGAGAAUGCUGUGGAAGAAUGUGUUGAUUAGGAAACUAAUCUUGGCGAGUAUUGUGUUAUUUUUGUUGUUGAUAACAUCGGAUAGUUUAUUUGUUUGCAAGCGAUCGGCACGCAACGAGUGAAACAGGAAUAAUGAAAAUCUCGACUCUACGCUAAGUUAAUUUCGCCGGUGGAGCAAGGCGCAGAAAGUCUAAAAUCAUCUUGAUGCUGUGUUGUCCAAACACUUGCUUAACUGUGAACCAAUGUUUUAAACGACCAAAACAAACCUACGAAGAUAGCAAUAAAAUAUUGUCUUACUCUCUUUAGGACUCUGCAAAAACGGGUCAUAAUUGAUGUGCGACGCUUUUGCAAACAUGUGCUUGUUUUCGAAACGUUGCACUUUAAUUAUACGCCUGGUGCAUAAUGUAAUCAUAUUAUAGAGAAACCCAAUAUUCUUUGAAGACAACAAAGAACGUAAUUCAAAGACAGGUUGUGCCAAUCUUUAAAAGAAGAAUCUGUAUAAACGAACCCUACCUAAAUGCUAUAUAGUUUGUUGCGCAAUUUUAAGCUAGAAUGGCUGAAAUAAAAGUCCUGAUCGACAUUGAAAAAGGACUUUUUUAAUUUUUGGAGUAUAAAUUUAGCAUUGAGAUCAAUAAUUGGUUUUGUAGUGUUGAUCACUAGUGCUGUUUUUACUUUAAUUGUAUUAAAAAUUGUUGGUUCCUUUUUCUGAAUUUUUUAAACGAUGAUUGUUGUGGUGAGAGGAAAAUAUCGAUCCCCGAAAUGAAAAAUAAGCAAUUCCUACCUAAUAAUCAAACACUUGCCAACCAACAGUUCAAACAAACUCAAUUUUAACGAUCUGUCUGUCAAAAGUGCAGUGUGAAACUUGGAAUUUUAUUCGCCUUAAUUCUCUGUGUAGAUGUCUGUGCGUGACUGAGUGAGUCUUAGCCUGUGUUAUCCAGUUCAACAGUAGAGUCGAAAAGACAUUCUAAUCAGGUACCAAAGACUAAAAUUUAGGAUUCAUAGAACAAAUUUUGGCGUGCGAUGCUGAGACCAAAUGCCGCACGGUCCCAUGCCGGGAAAGUUAAUUGCGACGAAUUUAAAGAAAUCUUAACCUCUACGUUGACUUUAUUGAUAUUUUUCGUGCCGAUGAGUUAAAUUGUGUACUAAUAUCGUAUGUGUUGAGGUGAAACAUAAUUAUUAUCAUAUUACCUUGUUGACUUUGUUUGUUGUACAUUGAAUCGAUUAAUAUUAUUGUGGCGUUAAAGCAGCACUUCAUAUAUAUACUAUACGCAAGUGAAAACGUUGUUAAAUAGUUCAAUAAUUUAUUGCAUGUGACGCUGACGUGUAAGUAAACCGAAAGAGUUCGCGCUAAUGGCCCACACAUACACACACACUAUAUGUAUAUGCAAAACACCAACUGUGAAAAAGUGCAGGAAGAAAACUAAUGAGAGAAACAAAACAUUUUUUACUUGAGAUACAUAUAUAGUCUAUGACCUGUACUGUCUGUGUGUAAAAAAGAGAGUUAAAGAGAAGUAACGCUGGAAGGAGCAGAGGAGUAAAUAAAUCCCACAUAGUGUCUUCCUAGUGCGAGGUAAAACCAUCAGGCUCAACAACUGAGAACUGCAGAAAAACACUUGUUUCAACUUGCUGAAAAUAAACUCAUGAUUUUACUCUGUAAACUCCUUCUUUUCCAGUUUCAAUGAGGUCGCCUUCGCUCUUUAAAUACAAAAUAAACCUUGGGAGGAAUUAGAAUGGAUGA